AUGGAGGUGGCGGUGAUGGAUAGGAGGGUUCGACUUUGUGGCCGUACCCGUAACCGGGCUUGGGCUGUCGGGCGGUAUGUGGAGAGGGCUCUGGUGGAUCCUGUGGGCUUCGCUGGAGCCGUCCAAGAGAUUGUACAGUAUGCUAUGCGUCAAGCCCGUCGGGAGGCGUACCUUGGCCUUGGCCAUCCCAUCGAGACUAAUCUAUCUCCAUAUCCUGACAACAUAUCCGGAAAUCGUUUCGCCGCCCUUGAAGGCCGCCGUCUCGUUGUCGAGAACAAUUGCCAACUCGCGGCCGUCCACUGA